GAGAGAGAGAGAGAGAGGGAGGGAGGUCAGCAGGGAUCAGAGAGAGAACCGCGCCCCUGGCGGAUCGAAAACCAAGUGUCCUUCGCCGCACACCACCAGCUCUGCAGACGCCCCGUCCUCUAGAGAGCAGACCGUCUUCCCGGCGCGUCUGAGCUCGCCCUCGGCCGUAAAACAGGAUGACCAACCACCAUCCGCCCUCCGGCGGUCUGCGGAGUCCCGGGAAAGAGCACCUGUACAAGGUGCUGGUUAUCGGGGACCUCGGGGUCGGGAAGACCUCCGUCAUUCGGCGGUACGUCCACCAGUCCUACUCCGCCAAUUACCGCGCCACCAUCGGCGUGGAUUUCGCCCUGAAGGUGCUCAACUGGGACUCUGAGACGGUUCGCCUUCAGCUGUGGGACAUCGCAGGUCAGGAACGUUUUGGUAACAUGACACGAGUGUACUACCGUGAAGCCAUGGGAGCCUUCAUCGUGUUCGACGUCACACGGCCCACCACUUUUGAGGCAGUCAUCAAGUGGAAGGAGGACCUGGACUCCAAGCUGAUACUGUCUAACGGGCAGAGCAUUGCCACCGUGCUGCUGGCCAACAAAUGUGACCAUGGAAAGGAAUUUACCAACAGCGUCAUCAAAAUGGACCAGUUCUGCAAAGACCACGGCUUUGUUGGGUGGUUUGAGACCUCCGCAAAGGAUAACAUCAACAUCAACGAGGCGGCCAACUUCCUGGUCAAACACAUCAUGGCCACCGAGAACGACAUUCUGAAGUCGGUGGUGCCAGACACCAUCUCCCCUCAGCUGGACUCCAACAAGGCCCUGAUGAGCUGCUCUGGUUGUUUCAAGGCCUAGUGGGGAAGAGCACCUGGGAGGCCUGGACAGGACAGGACGGCGCGGAGAGAGAAAGACGGACAUACACACUGCGUGGACCUCCGAGCGAGUCUAAACGGAGAGCGGCGUAGGACUUUGGUAUGAAAGGUUGCAGAGCAGAGACCUACAAAUGACACAAAGUCUGCAAAGCGCUGCCUGGAUUGUGGCUCGAAUAUCAAAUGUCUUAAAAAAAAAAGCAAAAAAAAACAAAAACAUGCCCAUCUCUUAUCCGUAUGUUCUUAUUUUAUCCGUUGCAAGCAAAUCAGAAAGUAACGCCAUUGUUCUUCGACAGCGUGACGCUCAGCCUCGGUCCAGACUAGACGGCAGUUCAGCUAUACCUCCAUCCUCAUACACAAUAACGCAUCUGAAGGGUAGUCAGGGAGAGAGAGCGGCGGACCGUCUGUCUGAUGUCUUGUCCUAGCAAGUGCCAAAGAGAGUUUUGUUGGGUACUUUUAACGGACUAAUCCCAAGUUUGCUGUUAUCUUGUGUGAAUGUUGCACAUCAUUCUUUUAUAUUUUUUAUAGAUAUUUAUACCUUGUCUAUAAUACAGCUCAGAGACAUUUGAAAGACAGACUAAUAUUUAACCAAAUGAGCAUAUAGGAGGCACC